GACGACGUCAAGAGGCGCCCGGGCCUGGAGGCUACCGGUGCCGACGGCGCUGGCGACGACGCAGGAGGUCACAAGGGGGCGAAUUCGGUGGAUGACGUCCGCACGUUGGCCGUGGACUAUGAUGGGGACGGCGAGAGACGCAAGGAGUUGCGGAGCGUUAUCAGCGAGAUCACUGCAGAGUUGUUCGCGGACGACCCGAUCGAGGGCCCCGUCUCCGUGGUGUACCUUGCGAAUGCCAUGUGCCGAAGUGGCGGCGAUCCCAUGGACUCCUGGCUGGGAGCUACGAUCAACAGGCUACGUUCGAUGGAGCGAUUGGCGCUACGGAUUCAAGUGAUCACGGGCGCACAUUCUGUGCCAGGAGCCGCAGCCAACUGGCGUAUGGCGCGGUGCCUCGCGGGCGAGACGGGGCCCAGAGAUGCGGCGGCUCCUGGGCUGCGUAGCUUCGGGGCCAACGGAGCCGAGCGGGGCGCCGAGUUUCUCGGCGCGCGGGCGCGCGGCCUCAGCGGGGCCGACAGGAACAAGGGCGACGGCGAGGGUGAUGAGAGCGACCCCGCCCUGUCGAGGAAGCCGAAGAACCCCGCGAAGCCUUCCGACGCGGAGGAGAACUUGAUGCAGAAGAGGUCAGGUCACCGCGGUGGGCGCGACCGCAGGCGGCGACUUCAUGAUGUACUAGCGAGCGAGGCGAUAGACAGCCUCACCUGGCUGGCGGGCGCAUCCGCGGGGUCUUCUACGGCGUUCCCGUCGGGCGCGCAGCUCGACGUCGCGCAGCGCAUCGAAGGGCAGGUGGUCGACAUUUUGCAGCCGAUGCGGGGCGGGGAGCUGCGGGGCAAGGCGAGCGCGUGCUGCGAGACCGUGUUGGUGCGCGUGAGGCGCUGGAGCGAUGUCCACGGGCACCUUUCAGCGCGCCGGCGCUGUUGCGGAGCUGGCGUAGGACUCUCGGCCUUUGAGCUCGAGGGGGUGGGGGGCGCCGGGGACCGCCUGUGGGCUGCCUUGAUGGCUGCGCUGGAGGACGUGGAGUUCUCGGUCGGGGUGGCGGACGUGAAGGGCGCGUUCCGCCGCGUGCGCCUUCCGCCAUGGAUGAUGCGCCUGUUCGGGCUGCCAGCUUUCGAGGCAGGCGACGUGGGGCUCCGCGGCGCCGAGCUUGAGGGGCACUUGCUGAAGUUCGACGAUUUGAUCUACCCGAUCCCUGAGGCGUUGCCGAUGGGCUGCACGUGGGGCCUAUGCCUGUGCCAGGGCGUGACCGAGCUGCGCUGCCGGUUCGCCUCGGGGCUCCGCGACG